AUGGCCUGGCCCAACCCCUUCUACCGCACAACACCCAACACUCGAAAAUGCUGGGGCUACACAUUCGAACUCUCAGACGAACACCUGACACCCGAACAGUGCGAACCCCUCAAACACUCCUACGACACCCUCGGCGAACAAGUCUACGAACGACUGAACGAGCUGUCGCCACCGCCCAGGAAAGAUCUACCGCGCAAUAACAGCAAGUUCUCUGCGGCUCCUGAGAAAGACGGCGAGAAGGAUGGCGGAGUGGACGGGAAUGCGCCUGGAACGGAGCCAGCAAGAGCGCCACCUAGAGAUCUGUAUGCGAUACUACAGCAACAUAGAGAGAAGGAUGAGCUAUUACAACGGUUCUGGACAGAGGUGAAUACAGUCCCGCCUUGGGUGGAUUGGGAGCAGAUCAGAAGAGGGCAGGAUGUCUUCUACCGAUACGGCGGCGCAUGUCUUACAGGACUGGCAUAUCAAAGUCUUCUCGGCGGCAUGGGCGCCGCAAGAGUAGUAGAGACCCUCGCAAGAACAGGAGGCUUCUCCACCAAAGUGGCGCGAGGCAGACUGUUCGAAACGACACAGCACAUCUUACAAUGCACAAAAUCACUGGAGAGCCUCCAACCCGGCGGCGACGGCUUCGCCUCAACGAUCCGAGUCCGAUUGCUGCACGCCGCCGUCCGCAAACGCAUCAUGACCCUCCACGCCACCAACCCCUCCUACUACGACCUCGAAUCCUGGGGCGUCCCGAUCAACGACCUCGACUCCAUGGCCACCAUCUCCACCUUCUCCGCCACCCUCAUCUGGCUCUCCCUCCCGCGGCAAGGCAUCUACCUCCGCCAGCAAGAAAUCACCGACUACAUCGCCCUCUGGCGCUACAUCGCCCACCUCAUCGGCUGCCCCACCAACCCUUUCGCCACCCCCUCCCAAGCCAAACGCGUCACCGAAGCCCUGCUACUCUACGAAGUCCACCCGACCCCGACCUCGCGGAUUCUAGCGAACAACAUAAUAAAAUCCCUCGAGGACCAACCCCCCGGCUACGCCUCGGCGGACUUCCUUAUCGCCUCCGCGCGCUGGCUGAACGGCAACGACCUGUGCGACGCCCUCGGCCUCGCACGCCCGAGUCUCUACUACUGGGCACUGAUGGCCGGACAGUGCCUGUUCUUCUGCACAUUCUGCUACACGUACCGCUCGGUCCCCAGCUGGGACGCGAAGAAGAUCGCCAUGCUGAAAAGGGUCUUCUACAGUAUUGUCGUGGAGAGCAAGUAUGGUUUGAAGGGCGAGGAGACGACGUUUGAGUUCAAGUAUGUGCCCGAGUACAGUACGAUUACGGAGAUGGGGGAGGGCUGGGAGGAGAAGCGGGAGGGGCAGAGGAGUGUGGAGAGCAGGAAUCGGAAUACGGUUGUUGUUGGGGUGGUGGUGCUGGGGGUGGGGACGUGGGUGGCGUGGAGGGUUGUGAGGGGGUUGGUUGGGGCGGUGUGGUAG